AUGCAGAAAAACCAGAGUGAAAUUACUGAGUUUAUUCUUCUGGGAUUUGAAGAACUCCCUCAUCUACAGAUCUUCCUGUUCCUUGUGUUUCUGGUGAUCUACGUAUUGACAAUGACUUUCAAUAUUCUCACGGUCUUUCUCAUAGUGACCGACCAUUACUUGCACACACCCAUGUACUUCUUCUUGGGGAAUUUGUCUUUUCUGGAGACAGUCUACAUCUCAACCACCCUGCCCAGGAUGCUGAUUAGUCUCUUAACAGGGGACAAAACCAUCUCUUUUAAAGGAUGUCAUGUACAAUUAUAUUUCUUUGAUUUCAUGAUUGGCACAGAAUGUUAUCUGCUCUCUGUGAUGUCUUAUGAUCGUUUCUUAGCUAUAUGCAAACCCCUCUAUUAUGCAACUCUUAUGAAUGGUAAGCUGUGUAUCCAGCUGGCCAGUGCCUCCUGGAUUAACAGCAUUUUGUUUACUUCUAUAUACUUGAUCUUGGUGUUGCAACUAAAGUAUUGCAAUGCCAAUGAAAUGGAUCAUUUCUUUUGUGACUCCCUUGCAUUGGUCAAUAUCGCAUGCAAUGACACAAGCCUUGUGAAGUAUGCCAGUGUAAUCCUGACUUUCGUGUUCAGUUUCCCCCCUUUUCUUUUGACCCUGAUCUCCUACAUAUAUAUUAUUGCUGCCAUUUUAAAAAUCCCAUCCACCACUGGGAGGCAGAAAGCCUUUUCCACUUGUUCUUCUCAUGUAAUUGUUGUUUCCCUGUUCUAUGGGGCAUUAAUCAUGGUAUAUGUGACACCAAAAACUGAAGCAAUGAGAGACCUUAACAAAAUAUUUUCUCUUUUUUAUACAGUCCUUCCCCCUUUAAUUAACCCCCUUGUAUAUAGCUUGAGAAACAAGGAUGUGAAGGAAUCUUUCAGGAAGUUCACUGGGAAGAUUUUAGAAGGCCAUUUUGUGAGUUAA